UUUCAUGUGUUCAAGACACUCGGACAAGGUAGUUUUGCAACCGUCAAGCUAGUUCGAAAAGCUGAAUCUAAAAAUGGAGAGCUCUAUGCACUGAAGGUAAUCUCAAAAGAUGCAUUGACUCAUCCACAUCACAUUCAACAUGUUAAAGAUGAACGUGAUGUACUUCGAUCGAUUCCACCGCAUCCAAAUAUUCUUAGAAUGAAUGAAUCUUUUUCGGAUCAAGCUCGUUUGUUUUUCACUCUUGAGUAUUUCGGAGGAGGCAAUUUGUACGAACUAAUGGAACAUUUCCGAAGACCAUUCACCGAAAAAGAAGCCAAAUUCUAUGGCAUCCAAAUCGCUCGGGGUCUCCAACACUUACACGACCAUGAGAUAAUCUAUCGAGAUUUAAAACCUGAAAACAUUGUGAUUCGAGAAAAUGGUCAAAUCGCUUUAUGUGAUUUUGGGUUUUCGAAAUCUUUGAAAGAUCAAGACGGUAGGACUUCAACUUUUUGUGGUUCACCUGAUUUCAUGGCACCUGAAUUGAUCAGAGGUAAUCCAUAUGAUUUCCAAAUUGAUUGGUGGUCAUUUGGGAUCUUAAUCUUUGAUUUCAUUGUGUUUUCUCCUCCUUUUAAUUUUAAUCCAUUGCUGAUCCUUAAAGCUAAUUCUCGUACACGCAUAAUUCCAGAUCAAGGUAAUUAUUCUAACGAAGUACGUAAAUUAAUAGCAGGUCUUUUACAAUCUGAUCCAAUCAAACGAAUCAAAGGUGAAAAAGUAUUAAAUCAUUCUUGGUUUUCUAAAGUCAAUACCAAUACUUCAGUACCACCAUGGAAACCUCAACCAAGGAAAUUCUCGCUAACUCUUGAUGAUACUUUGGAUAUCGAAUGUCGUGGAUUUGGGUCUCAAGACGAUCUUGAUGAUGGUUUUGAUGGGUUUUGA